GAUGUUGCUCCUGGUCCUCAUGAUAUUUUUGCUUUGUAAGGAUAAUGCUGAUGCUGAAGUAAUAACAUCAUUCUCCUCAAAGCAGCAUGUUUUGUCAGGAAGAGAUGUUACACUUUCCUGCAACUACAGUGGCAAUGUUCGCAGUCUGCAGUGGUACCGUCAGCAUCCCGGAUCCAAACCUGAAAAUAUAGUUUUUCACACUGAGAGCAGCAGUCAACCAGAGCCCAAGCUUCGUCUGUACGCUGUGGCCAAUAAAGGAAUCAAACUUAUGAAUCUCAGCAUAUCUUCUACACAAAUGGAUGAUUCUGCUCUGUACUACUGUGCCCUGCAGCCCACAGUGACAGGAAACACAACUGCACUGUACAAAACAGGUGAAUCUAAUGGGAAUGUCAUCAGACCAAACCAGCCAUCUGUAGUUUUAACUGAAGGAAGCAGCACCGCUCUGUCCUGUUCAUAUGAUGGAUCAGCUUACAGUCUCCACUGGUAUCGACAGAAGCCUGGAUCAAAACCAGAGUUUCUGCUGCUGAUUGUGAAGUCUACUAAAACUGUAGUCCCAGCUUCUCCACCUCAUCCACAUAUGUCCAUCACACUCCUUGAUAAUAAAAGUGUGGAUCUGAAGAUCUCCUCUGCUGCUGUAUCAGACUCUGCAGUGUAUUACUGUGCCCUGCAGCCCACAGUGACAGGAAAACCAACUACACUCUACACUGGCACUGUUCAGAGUUUACAAUGGUAUCGUCAGUAUCCCGGAUCCAAACCUGAAAAUAUAGUUUUUCACACUGAGAGCAGCAGUCAACCAGAGCCCAAGCUUCGUCUGUACGCUGUGGCCAAUAAAGGAAUCAAACUUAUGAAUCUCAGCAUAUCUUCUACACAAAUGGAUGAUUCUGCUCUGUACUACUGUGCCCUGCAGCCCACAGUGACAGGAAACACAACUGCACUGUACAAAAACCUUCUUGUUAUUUGCCUGUUGCACAGUCACAUUUCUCUACCAUGA